AUGGAUGAAAAUGAUUCUGUGAAGUGGAUGUCUGUUCUGCUGUUCUUGCAGUUGAGUUGCUACUUUAUACAUGGAAAUUGUGGGAAGGUGUUGGUAUGGCCAAUGGAAUUCAGUCACUGGAUGAAUCUAAAGAUAAUACUGGAUGAACUUGCACAGAGGGGUCAUGAAGUGACUGUUCUGAGACCUUCAGCUUCCAUCUUUCUUGAUCCCCAGAAAUCACCUGAUCUUAAAUUUGACACAUUUCCUACAUCUAUUAGUAAAGAUGAUCUGGAAAUUUUUUAUACACAGUGGGUCAUUGGCUGGAUGAAUGAAGUACCAAGAGAUAACUUUUGGUUCGAGCCAUUUACUGAGAAGAAAUGGAGUCUGUUUUACACUGAAAUUUUGGGAAGACCUACUACAUUAGCUGAAAUGAUGAAGAAAGCAGAAAUGUGGCUUACUAGGUCCUACUGGGAUUUGGAGUUUCCUCGCCCAAUCUUACCGAAUGUUGAUUUUAUUGGAGGACAUCACUGUAAACCUAGCAAACCCUUGCCCAAGGAAAUAGAAGACUUUGUCCAGAGUUCUGGAGAACAUGGUGUUGUGGUAUUUUCUCUGGGGUCAAUGGUCAGCAACAUGACAGAAGAAAAGGCCAUGGCAAUUGCAUCAGCCCUUGCACAAAUUCCACAAAAGGUUCUAUGGAGAUUUGAAGGCAAGAAACCAAAAAAUUUAGGACCCAAUACUCGUGUGUAUGAGUGGAUCCCCCAGAAUGAUCUUCUUGGUCAUCCCAAAACUAAAGCUUUUGUAACUCAUGGUGGAGCCAAUGGCGUCUAUGAGGCAAUUCAUCAUGGGAUCCCCAUGGUUGGCAUCCCUUUAUUUGGGGAACAACGUGAUAACAUUGCUCACAUGAGAGCCAAAGGUGUUGCUGUUGGGUUGGAAUUCACUACUAUGUCCAGUUCAGAUUUGCACAAUGCACUGAAGACGGUCAUUAACAACCCUUUUUAUAAAGAGAAUGCAAUGUGGCUGUCAACCAUUCACCAUGACCAGCCCAUGAAACCCCUGGACAGAGCCGUCUUCUGGGUUGAGUUUGUCAUGCGCCACAAAGGGGCCAAGCACCUGAGGCCACUUGCACACAACCUCACCUGGUACCAGUACCACUCUCUGGAUGUGAUUGGAUUCCUACUGGCCUGUGUGGCAGCCAUGGCUUUCCUUGCUGUAAAAUGCUGCUUGACUAUUUACCAAUUCUUUGUAAACUCAGAAAAGAAAAAAAGAGAAUAG